CCCCCUCUUUCUCUGCCCCUCCCCCGCUCGUGUGGGCAUGCACCAUCUUUCAAAAUAAAGAUGAAUAAACUUAAAAAAAAUAAUAGUACGUACCUGUAGGUCUGCAAGGAUGGUUAAAUUAAUUGGUGAAGCGCUUAGAACACAAUGUGACUCCUAGGAAGUGCUUAAUAUUUAUUGGUUAUUAUUAUUACCAUCAUCCUCAUUAUCAUCAUCUAUGAUCUCUGAACCUCUGCUUUGUGAAAUGGAGAUUGUAGUUUUAUCAUGGUAUUAUGGCAAUGUCUACUUAAAAUACUGAGCAUAGUCACUGGCAUCUACCAUAUGUAUUCAAACACUAGCAGCUAUUAUUAAAUAAUUAAAAAUGUUACAUUAAAAAAAACUCUACUGGGACUGGCUACUGGGUCUCCGUGGGUGGGAGAGGAUAUUUUCUCCUCUUCUGAUGUCCCUCACAUUAUCCAAUGGCUGUUUCAGGUACUCUGAGUACCUGGGCUACCUAAUAAGUACUUGCUCAGUUAAUACGUAAUAAAGGUAGGGUUUAUGUCUGAAUAUUCCUGCAAAUGGGUGAAGAAUGGGAAAAUAUAGGGGAAAAAACAUAAUCUGAGAUGUAAAUUUGGUAGGUUGAUUACAUUUUAGGCAAGUAAACCAUUUUUCCAGAUUGAUAUGAUUGAGGUUCUGAGUCCUAGCCAGCUCAUCUGCUUCCAAUCUUCAUACACUAGUUUAUUUUACCAUCCGCUAAUUUGCAACAUACACUGAUACACUUUUAUUCAAUGCCCUGGUAUUCUGGGACUUUUCCUAUGGCUGUGCCGUUUUUGCUGAUUGUUCAGAUUUCCAGCAGAGCGAUGAUUAAGGAUGAUCAAGGCCUAAUUAGAAAAUGUUUGACUUUGUACUUUUCAAAGAUUUCGUGAAAGCUAUGGUAAGUCAAAGAAAUUUGAAACUACUUGCAUGACCUUGGGCUAGUUUCGCAAACACCUUGAACCUGCGGUUUCCUCACCUUUGAAAGGUGACGAUUAUAAUAUUUCCUAAAGUUGCCAUGAGGAGCAAAAGAGGCAUUGCUUGUAAAGUACUUAGCACAACGUGUGACCUAUAGUAGGUACUCCAUAAACAUCAAUUUCUAUUUAAAGUCUUCCUUUUUUGUUCUGAAACUCUACUGAAAUAUUGCCUAGGUCAUUAAUUGAGAAUUCUUAAUUGAGAAUCUACUGAAAUAUUGCCUAGGUCAUUAAUUGAGCAUUGUUCAUUGAGAAUCUACUGAAAUAUUGCCUAGGUCAUUAAUUGAGAAUUGUUAAUUGAGAAUCUACUGAAAUAUUGCCUAGGUCAUUAAUUGAGAAUUCUUAACAUAAGGGCAGUCUUUUUGUACUGUUUUGCCAUGCUCCAUCAGUGUAACACACUAAAAAUAGAUCCCACUUUGGAAUCUGAAUGUAGGGAUCUGUUAAAAGUCAUUAAAUGGCACGUUUCAGUUAAAACAGAGCCAAUGAGCAGCAGUGAAAUAGUUUCAACAACAGCAGACGGGUCUUUAGACAAUUUCUCAGGUUCAGCAAUUGGGAGCAGUAGCUUCAGCCCAAGACCAACUCACCAGUUCUCCCCACCACAGAUUUACCCUUCCAACAGACCAUACCCACAUAUUCUCCCUACCCCUUCCUCACAAACUAUGGCUGCAUAUGGGCAAACACAGUUUACCACAGGAAUGCAACAAGCCACAGCAUAUGUCACAUACCCACAGCCGGGACAGCCGUACGGAAUUUCCUCAUAUGGUGCAUUGUGGGCAGGCAUCAAGACUGAAGGUGGAUUGUCACAGUCUCAGUCACCGGGACAGACGGGAUUUCUCAGCUAUGGCACAAGCUUUGGUACGCCUCAACCUGGACAGGCACCGUAUAGUUACCAGAUGCAAGGUAGCAGUUUUACAACAUCGUCAGGAUUAUAUACAGGAAAUAAUUCACUCACAAAUUCCUCUGGAUUUAACAGUUCACAGCAGGACUAUCCGACUUAUCCCAGUUUCGGCCAGGGUCAGUACGCACAGUAUUAUAACAGCUCACCGUACCCAGCACAUUAUAUGACGAGCAGCAGCACCAGCCCAACCACGCCGUCCACGAAUGCCACUUACCAGCUUCAAGAGCCACCAUCUGGCAUCACCAGCCAGGCAGUCACGGAUCCCGCAGCAGAGUACAGUACAAUCCACAGCCCAUCAACACCCAUUAAAGAUUCAGACUCCGAUCGAUUGCGUCGAGGUUCAGAUGGGAAGUCACGUGGACGGGGCCGAAGAAACAAUAAUCCUUCACCUCCCCCAGAUUCUGACCUUGAGAGGGUGUUCAUCUGGGACUUGGACGAGACAAUCAUUGUUUUCCAUUCCUUGCUUACUGGGUCCUAUGCCAACAGAUAUGGGAGGGAUCCACCUACAUCAGUUUCCCUUGGACUGCGCAUGGAAGAAAUGAUUUUCAACUUGGCAGACACACAUCUGUUUUUCAACGACUUAGAAGAAUGUGACCAAGUUCAUAUAGAUGAUGUGUCUUCAGAUGAUAAUGGGCAAGACCUGAGCACAUAUAACUUUGGAACAGAUGGCUUUCCUGCUGCAGCAACCAGUGCUAACUUGUGCUUGGCAACUGGUGUGCGGGGUGGUGUAGACUGGAUGAGAAAGUUGGCUUUCCGCUACAGACGAGUAAAAGAGAUCUACAAUACCUACAAAAAUAAUGUUGGAGGUCUGCUUGGUCCCACCAAGAGGGAAGCCUGGCUGCAGCUGAGGGCUGAGAUUGAAGCCCUGACGGACUCCUGGUUGACACUGGCCCUGAAAGCACUCACGCUCAUUCACUCCCGGACGAAUUGUGUGAAUAUUUUAGUAACAACUACUCAGCUUAUCCCAGCAUUGGCGAAAGUCCUGCUAUAUGGAUUAGGAAUUGUAUUUCCAAUAGAAAAUAUUUACAGUGCAACAAAAAUAGGCAAGGAAAGCUGUUUUGAGAGGAUAAUUCAAAGGUUUGGAAGAAAAGUGGUGUACGUUGUUAUAGGAGAUGGUGUGGAAGAAGAACAAGGGGCAAAAAAGCACGCCAUGCCCUUCUGGAGGAUCUCCAGCCACUCGGACCUCAUGGCCCUACAUCACGCCUUGGAACUGGAGUACCUGUAACAGCCACCUAGCACUUUGAAGCCGCACAACUGCCCUGCGACCAGGAACAAACCCAGCAGGCCUGUGUCCUGUGUCCGCGCUGGGAUACCCGACUUCGCGAUUGCAACUCAUUGACGCACAGCUGCUGUCGGUCUUCACCUCUGCCCUUGUGGUCAACGAAGGGCCACACCUAUUUCUUCAGAACAGCUGUUGACUCUAGUACUGUGAAGCCAAUGAAAAUAAGCCAUGAGAAUGUUCUAGUACAGUGUAAUGCGGCUUUGCCGCAUUAACUACAUGGUUCAAACCUGUGAAGAAAGGACCUGCAAACGCUUACGUUUUUCGCAUCUUCAAUGUGACGUAAAGAGCUUCUCCGAUACAGCAAACUUGAUUGCACAACAAAGACUGAAAUGUGUUCCCUGAAGACUGGCGAGGGGAUUUUUCUUGUAAAGAAAGUUUACUUUUUGGUGUCUCAUACCCAGGGUAACCUGUACAUCUCUACUUAUUUAUGAACAGACUUUAAAAAAAAAAAAAAAACAGCUUUAUGGAGGUAUGACUCAAGCACCGUCCAGUUCACUCGGCCAGACUUUUUUGACAGCAAAUAAUUGAAGAGACAAUAUAACACAAGCGAUUAAAGGCCUUUGCCUCACGACACAGCAAGUACUUUGAAUUUUAGCACAUUGCAAAGUAGUUUAAAGUCUGUCUAAUUUAAACGUGUAAUAUGUACAUCACUGAGACAAUCAUGUACAGAGAGAAUUUUGGGUGUAAAUUUGUAAUAAUGGAUGAUUCUUUUACAUAUCGUUUAGAAAAUGAUAUUGAAAGGUAGCGAUGCCUUGAUCGUGAAGUAAGAGGCAGUAUGUGCACAAAGUCAUGCGCGGUGCCUUAUCGACGUACUGGUUAUAAAUAUGUAGAUAACGGAUUUUUUUUUUUUUUUUUAGAUAAUGUUGUCAAGACCAAAAGCAUGGAUGUUAAUAGGAUUUUGUUGUCCAAAUUCUUUUUCCAUCAUCUUUUUUUUUUUAAUGCUGUUAGGAGGACCUUGGUAAGAUAACACAGCGGUGUCUUAAAUCAUUUCAAAAAAUAAAAAACAAAGUUCCUCCUACCACCUCACCUUUUCAUUUUCAACACUAAUGUAUUAUAUGUAACUACUUGAAAAAAAAAUGAUUAUACAAAUGCUUCUUCCCACAGAAAGAAUGUAGAUGAUCGAUAGAUAUAUUUUAUUAAUAAGAUGGCUCAUGAAUUGGAGACUAGCAAACUUUUGUGUGCUCAGACGAUAGGGUCUGCAUCUUCUUGAUUAGAUAAAGGAGGACAUUACCACGUCUCUAGAAAUGAGCAAAACUUUUUGAUUGUUGCUUCUGUUUUCCUCCACACCUUUCCCCGAUCCCCACCCUCCCUGGAAAGUUCAUUGCGGGCAGUGGACAUGGCCCGAUCGUCCUCACGGAGGUGAUUACUAACCUACAGUGUGCAUAAAGCAUAAAGCUGGGAAAUAAAAAUGGUCACCUUUGUUAUGUGAUAAGACAGUUUCUCCAACAGUGAUGAGUUUGGGCACUAAAGACUUCCAUUAUUAUGACAUUUUUUAGAUGAACUUUAUUACAUUGGGGGAAAAAAAACACCAGCUUUAACCCAAAGUAGCUAAAGAGCUACUGUAUCUUUUUCUGAAGUUUCAUGCUGCUGCUAGAAUUAGUCACUCGUGAAUUUUCCAAACUGCUUAAAUUAAUCAAAUUUGGGUUUUUCUUUUUUGCUUGAAACAAACAGAAGUUGACAAUUUUUUAGCCUUUCCAUUUUAUGUUUUUGUACUCUGCAGAUUGGAAAGACAAAGUUUAUCUUGGCUUUACUGUAUAAAGGUGUGUUGUGUCCACAAUCGUGUACAGACUUUUUCUUCAAUAAUUUUGUGUUUAAGUUAAUAAAAUUGAUUUGUGAUGUACUGUAA